UGGAAAGCGCCCGAGCCCGUCUCCCUAUUUCCGCUUCCGGCGCCGAGUGUGCAAUUGAAGCCUUGCAGCAGAAGAGAAAAAGACGGAAGAGACAUGGCAGCGGCGGCGGCGCUGGCGCUCGGCAAGGUCUCCCGGCAGCUCGUGGCUGAGACUCCCCGGGCCGGCCUGAAGCGGCUCCUGUCGGCGGCAGCAGCGGCUGGGGGAACGCCGGGGCAUGGCGGGGCCUCUCGUACGUGGAAGAUCCUGACCUUUGUGGUCGCUCUGCCUGGAGUUGCUGUGUGCAUGCUGAACUGCUACCUGAUGAGUCAGCAUGAACAUGAGAGACCACCGUUCAUUCCUUAUGAACAUCUUCGUAUCCGGACCAAGCCCUUCCCUUGGGGUGAUGGGAACCAUUCUCUUUUCCACAACCCACAUGUUAAUGCACUCCCAACUGGCUAUGAAGAUGACCAUUAAACAGGUGGAUCACACUGGCACCGUGGACCACUGAAGGAAGCUGGACCAAGACCCAGGUUGGGACUCACAAUGCUUUGCAUUCCUUGUAUUGUCAGAUUAUGAAGUUCUGAUCUCUUGUAGAAUGUUUUUUCCAGAGGUCACAUAAAUAAAACACUUCCAACCAA